CCAACCGGUGAUACAGUCAGAGCUCAGACGGCACACUCUUCUUGCUGACAAUUUGUUGUGCAUCUCCUUCAUCUUUGCUUUUUUCUUAUUCCGCUGGUUCGACAUGCUCAGACUACCAUAAUGUAUCUCGGACGUCGUGCGGACCAUGCGAAUACCACUAUCCUGCCAAAGCCCGCGUAUGCUUUAGCUCCGAGCGGAAAGUGGGAUGGCAACGAUGGAAAUUGGUCAACUUUUAUCAUCAACGCCGGAGAUGUAGAUGGAACGGGACAUGGACAAAACUUCAGGGUGCUGAUAUCUACGUCGUCGUCGGUGACCCAGCUGCCGAUGCAAGCGGAUUGGUGCAGUGAUCGCGACUGCGCCCAGAAAAGAGGCCUAGAGAUCUUUGAAUCGCGACAGCCGCUCGGUCUUCAAGCGGAUUCUUCAAGAGGUUGGACACAGGAUGGUCUAUACAAUCAACCCCUUCCGUACUGGUGGUCGGGUCGGAAUCUGAAUGGUACAUAUGGUUGGAUCAACAUUGGCUUGGGACCCAGCUCCCCUUCGAGCAGCGUCUUGGAGAAGCAGAUCGUUGUGGGCAAUGCGCAGCAAGAGUUCUUCAUGGGCUCUUUUGGUCUAGGCAUAGGAGCGGUAAAGACAGCAGGUGAAGCGCAAUCACCCUUUCUAGACAACUUUGCAUACAACAACCAGACCCCCUCAAGAUCGUUUGGCUACACCGCGGGCGCCUUCUAUAGGAAUAGAGGCACACCAGGUAACUUGGUGCUUGGAGGCUAUGAUCGUUCCCGUAUUGGCGGUGGGAUCUCCAUUCCCAUGGUGAGCAACCAGAAUUACACCCUCCUAGUCGGCGUCCAAUCCGUCGAAUACCAUCCCGACCGCGAUGUCGAUGCCAAUGACUUCUCACUCACCUCCGACACCCCCGCCUUCCUUGCUGCCAUUGAUUCCACUCUACCUUACUUAUGGCUGCCCGACGCCCUGUGCGACCAAUUCGCAGACAAGUUCCAGCUUCAAUAUGACGACAGGAGAAACAUGUAUACCGUCAAUCAAUCCGCCAUCAACUACAAUCGCCAGCAGAACGCAACCGUCACGUUCAAGAUAGGCGCCAACCAAAAAGCAAGCAAUGACGUUACAACCAUAACGCUCCCAUACAGCGCCUUCGACCUGUUAGCCAGUGACCCCAUAUUCCCCAACAGGACGAGAUACUUCCCCAUCAAGAAGUCCCCAAACGGGAUCUACGUCCUCGGCCGCGCCUUUCUCCAAGAAACCUACCUCAUCGUGGACUACGAGCGCGCAAACUUCACCAUCGCCCCAGCCCUCUUCUCCGACCCCUUACCCCAACCCGAAAUCAUCUCCAUCUUCUCCAAGGACUACAAGCCUCCCGGUUCUGAUCCCGCAGCAUCCAAUAACGACUCAGGGAACUCCUCCCUCCCACCGGGCGCCAUCGCCGGCAUCGUCGUCGGCGUAGUCGUCCUCCUCGUCCUCCUCGGCAUCAUCGCCUUCUUCCUCUGGAAGCGCCGUCGCGAGGCCAAACAGCGCGCACACUACGCGAAACAGUUCCCGCCUUACCACCAGCACGAUCACUCGGACAUCGACACCACGGCUGCAGGCGAGCAAAUCAAGCAUCGCCGGGUCUCGGAAUUGGAGUCUGACACGCCGGGCUCACCGCCGCUGUCUACCAGGGGGUAUUAUGGCAUGGGCGAGGGGAAAGAUAGACCAGGUGGGUUCCCGCCGAUCAAUGAGAUGGAGUCUCCACCGGCGGAGUUGUGGAGUCCGCCGCCGCAGACGGAUAGUGUUGCUGCGACGCCGGGGAGUGAAAAUGUAGCAGCAGGCGGGGAUUACUUCGUCGCGGGCGUGCGAAUGAGGAAGAGAGCUGCGGCAGGAGGUUCAUCCGGAGCUGGAACGCCUUCCGCGGUGCCGCUGGCGGAGUUGCCGGGCGAGGAUGCCAAGUUCAGUGAGUUGCCUGCUGGAGAAGGCAAGGUUGGUGAGAAGGCGGCGAGAGAUGCGUUGGUGGUGGAUGGGGUGAUGCAUCCAGCGCUCAGUUCAAGUAUUGCGGAUACGGAUGCGGAUGCACCUACGACUGCGCCUGUGCCUGCACCACCCACUCAUACGCGUGGCCCAAGCGAAGUUUCUCUGACGUCGAAUAUUGACGAAGUUAUUUCCGGCCACCAACACCAGCAGCAAGAAGACAUCACCGACGCAAAGGAGGAAACGGACCAAGACGAUCUGCCUCGACAACAUCCUCCCAUCGAACGGCGUCCCUCGCACACCCGUGGACUCAGCGAUACAACGGUCCAGAGCGAUAGCACGGCUGUAUCACAGCCCACGCCUGAGGAACUGGAACGGUGGGCUAGGAGUCCGGCCGAGGAGCCGAGGAGACCGCUUUCAGAGUAGUGAUGAUAGUUACCAUUCACUCGACUUGUGAAGGGAGCGCAAUGGGGAAACCGGGCGGAGUAAGAAGGAUGCAUGCUUUGGA